AUGGAUGCCGCUCCAGGCGAUAAUACAGAUGAGGUCUUCUCGAGUCUGGACUUGGCUCCAACGGAAGCCGAACUGCCACGAGGUGUCGAAACGUACCCGGUGCCAUUCUUACCGACUGAAACACAGGCAAGCGCCGAAAGCAGACGAAGCAAUGAACCUACGUCAGAGGUAAAUUUUCCACUACCCGUCAGCGAACCCGAUUUUACGGAGGAUGUGGAAGAGCUCCGCGUGCUGGAGGCACGAGAAUCAUCGCUUUCGCCAGGUGGGGCAAUUACAUCGCCGUCGCCAGGACUUUGUCCGGAGGACACGGCUCAUUCAUCGCCUCCAAUACCAGAAGAAUCAACCAUACAAACCCCGAGGUACGACUCGCCUGCAGCUAUAUAUGCUCGCUAUAUUGCCGCAAGGGAGGCGUGGUAUGCGGCGCAGCCCAAGGGGAGCAUCAAGACUAAUCAAAUGUAUCGCAAGGCAAGCGGGCUACCUUUGCGGUAUGACAAACAGAGCUAUGCAUGGUGUUUAGAUUACAAACAGAUGUCUAGUCGUUGUGCUUCGCCAUCGGGUAUGAGAGAAUGGACUAAGGAAGAAAUGAUGGCGUAUCUGGACUGGAGCAAACAGGAAGAUGAUCGAAUUGAGGCUAAGGUAGCUGCAGAAAUACGUGACGAUCCUGCGGCAUGGAAAAGGAGGGGUGUAAAACACGUUUGGAGGAGCAUAGAGAAAGGCAUGGCAGAGCAGAAAGCACUGUAUUCGCUUAAGGGGCAGGAAGAAGUCGAGGACUGUAUAGUUGUCAAAUAA